AUGUUAGUGUCUUCAUCAUAUGAUGAAACGCUGGUCAUCUGGGAUGUUGAGAACUGCUGUCAGAAGUUUGCUCUGAAGGUAAAAAAAACCUUUUUAUUUAGUCAAUUCUUGCCUUGCAGGCUAAAAAUAGGCCAGUCACUAUAAAUAUCACUUAAUAAUAAUAAUAAUAAUAAUAAUAAUAAUAAUAAUAAUAAUAAUAAUAAUAAUCAGUUUAUUAAACCCUUUGGUAGUGUAUAAAACUAAAUUACAAGGGAGGUCAAGAAUAUGCAGAAUACAUAAUUACACAUGGCAAGAAGGCAAAAACAAUUAAUUCCUAUUGUAACUGUGGGUAACAAAAUUACUAAGGCGGUCCGUUCUGACAAAGCGGAAUUCAGAACGGGAAAAACCUGACCUCAACCUGUACCCAUGAGCGACAUUCGUGGGCUGCGGCAGCAGGUGUGAAAGGAACCCGGACUCCUUGAUGUUAGAUAUAAAAUGCCUGCAAGCCUCAUCAUGGUGCGACAACAGUGUAGGCAAGCCACAGCACACGAGUGCCGACUCAUAAGAGCAAUCUGGAAAAAUGAUUCCUAGUGCAGACUUCUGCAUGCUUUCCACCAAUAAUUAUUGAACCAGACAGUUGGGUAUCGCUGCCCACUCCGGAGAUGCAUAUUCUAAAAUGGGCCGCACAAGGCUACAAUAAACCUGAAUGAGAUCAGCUGGUGGGAGGCCUGAUUUGGAACUAGUUGAAACCCCAGCCAUACCAAAUACUCUGCAUCCUGAAACAUGUAUAUAUACCUGAGGCCCAAUGAAGACUUAUAAAAAUUAUUUAAAGCUUUAAUAUUAUUAAAAAUAUGUCCUGAAUGUUAUAAUAAAUUAAACUAUAUAACAUUCAUGACAUUUUAUUAUUAUAAUUAUUAUCUUUGAGGGCGAGUGAUUCAUCUCUUCUUGAGUCGUUUUAUAUACAGCUCUCUUAAAAUCAAGUACUAGCAAAAAAAGAUUACUGGAAUUUAUGGUUAUUGCUUCUUUCUAUUAUGGCUCCAGAAAGUUUGGUGGCAUAGCAGUGUUCUUUGUAUUUGAUGUCAAUACUUACAUACAUUGUAGUCACACCUCUCUCUCCUUCUUAUCUUCUCAAUGUAAUUAAAAAAAAACAUGUUGAAUUUCUGCCUUACCAGUAAAUGGUGAUAAUCAGUUGAUGUGGUACAGUCUGUAUGUUGCCUUUAUUUCCAGGGUCACACAGGAUGGGUAAAUGACUGUAGUUUUAGCAGUGAUCAGAAGUGGAUAAUCUCCUGCUCAAAAGUUAGUUCUUUUUUAUUUGUUAUGUAGGUCAUGAAAAUGACAGUUAAAAGCAGAUUUGGACCUAGCCUGUCUGAUAUUGAAAAUUAAUUAUUUCCUCUGCUGUAAGUAGGAUAAUCUUUCUAUUUUGUUCACCAAAAUUACUGGAAAAAAAAAAAAAUUUGUUUGAUUUUUAAUGUGUUUGGAAAAAUCUUGUGUUUCCACUUGUCAAGUAUUGACAUAAAAAACAAGCUUAUAAUAAUAGUUUUUUGUUAAAAAAGUAAUUUAGUUUGUAAACUUCAAAGGUUAGUUUCUCAAACAUUGAAUUUAAGCUAAAACUAUCAAGGGUGACACAAUUCAAAACACAACAGCCACUGCAAUAAAUGUCAGUGUUGAACAUGAAGCUUUUAGAAUUGCUGACGUUAAGUUGAUUUUUUCUUUUAUAUACUGUAGGACAAAACUGUACGGAUGUGGAAUAUAGAAUCAAGUGAUGAUAUACCGGUGGUCCUAGAACACAGGAAAAACAUAGGGCUCAGAAUUGUUCAGGUUUGUAUUAAAUACUUGUUAAAUUGGGCUAUUUUGCAAGGCUCUAUUUUUAGCCUUGUAAAUAGUCCACUCUAUAAACCUAGGUGAAUUUUAUGGAUAUUUGUUAAGUUGUUACUUAAGUUAAUGAAUAUCGUAAAGCCAUGUGGGUGUGGCCAUUGUGAACUUUUUUUUAGACUAAGGCAUUGUCCAUAAUUUUUUGUAUGUACUAAUAAAGUUCAUUUGGUAUAAAGGUAAACAAAAGCAGAUGUGUUGAAACAUGCUUUCUAUUGUCGGGGCUGUCAAUAAAAUUUCAAGUUGCCAAGUAAAUGCAAUAAGUAGACUGGGCUUGAAGGUUGGUUUGGUUCUAUUUUCCUUUUGGUUCCUAUGUAGCCACAGGUCAUGCAGCGUACAAAGAGAGUGGUGUCUGAUAGCCCAGGGCUAGUGGAUUUUGCUACUGGGCUAAUGAGUUCUGUUUUCAACUUGGCCAACGGGCAGGUAAAGUUUUUUGGGGAAUUCACUGUAAUCAAUCCUGCUAAUCAAAAAAAUUUUUCGGCUAUAUAAAGUGACUCUUGGGCUGGUGGAUUCUAGCUACAGCUUGCCCGAAUGGCAAGCUGUAAAACUGACUUUCUAUGCACCCUGGGUCAUGCUUUUAGUAGUUGGGGAAUCCCUUGCCCCCAGCUCUGUAUUGUAGUUCUUCCAUGCUAACCUAUUUUCAUUAUGUUAUUUGUAGUGUCAAAACUGUAGCAAGCCUUUCUCAAUCGCUCAGUUGGAAGACGAAGCAAACUUUAAGUACUGUGUAUUUUGUCGCCUAGAACAUCCCUCUGAAUACUCUUCUUCGCCAGUGGACUUUUGA